GAGGAUGGCAUCUAUGAAAUAAUCCUUAAAAUCCCAAAUAUUUAUGUGACCGUUUAAGGACAGUCGAGCUGCUUUUGUUUCCAAGGACAAUACGCAAUAUUAUUUAGGAAUACCACGGACCACGGUUGUAGCUGAUUUUUUUUUUUAUAUAUACAAAACAAAAACUUUUUAUUUUUUUGUUCUGAUGCCCGCUGCGCCGGAAUGCAGGCUGUCCCAUCAUGGCCGGAUCAUGAAAUGCGUGACUUUUAUACUCUUGCUCCCCGAAACGUUAAAGAAGUUGAAGCGGACAAACAAGCACCCCGGCAGGUUGUCUGUGUGCUAUAACAUCUUAUCUCUUUCCCUGAAGAAAAGGAUGGCAGCGGAAUUGUACCCCGUGAACGAUCACGCCACGGUGCAGAAGAACGGGACCGUGAUGCUGAGUCUGCCCGAGAAGAAGAGCGCAGAGCCGGUCGCGCAGACCACCGCGUGCACCGCGACCACACCGACCACAGAGCAAAACAUCAACAACAACAACGUGGAGGUUCCCAGCUGGCACUCCGCGCACCCGACGUUACGAGAGAGAAAUGCACUUAUGUUCAAUAAUGAACAAAUGGCAGAUGUUCAUUUCAUUGUUGGUCCCCCCGGCGAAUCGGAAAGGGUCCCGGCACACAAGUAUGUGCUGGCGGUGGGGAGCUCUGUUUUCUGUGCCAUGUUUUACGGGGAUCUCGCGGAAGCGGACUCUGAUAUCCAUAUUCCAGAUGUGGAACCCGCUGCGUUUCUCAUCCUGCUCAAAUACAUGUACAGUGAUGAGAUAGAGCUGUCGCCCGACACAGUUCUGGCUACUCUCUACGCUGCCAAAAAAUACCUGGUGUCUGCUCUGGCUCGCGCAUGUGUGGGUUUCCUCGAGACGAGCCUGGAGGCACGAAAUGCGUGCGUUCUGCUAUCUCAGAGUCGGCUGUUUGAGGAGCCGGAGCUCACUCAGAGGUGCUGGGAAGUGAUCGACGCCCAGGCAGAGCUUGCGCUGCGCUCCGAAGGUUUCUCUGAAAUUGACCUGCCCACACUGGAAAGCAUCUUACACAGGGAAACGCUGAACGUGAAGGAGGCGGUGGUGUUCCAGGCUGUCCUGGGAUGGGCCGAUGCAGAGUGUCGGAGACAAGACUUGAGCCUCACGUCACAGAACCAGCGCUCCGUGCUGGGAAAGGCGUUGCACCUUGUGCGCCUGCCUUCCAUGACACUGCAGGAAUUUGCGGAUGGAGCCGCGCAAUCGAACAUUUUAACCCUUGAGGAAACGCACAGCAUCUUUCUCUGGUACACGGCUGCUACGAAACCUUCGCUAGGAUUCCCGGAUGCAUCCAGAAAGGGGCUGGCGGCGCAACGCUGUCACCGGUUCCAGUCAUCCGCCUACCGAAGCAACCAGUGGCGCUACCGCGGGCGCUGUGACAGCAUCCAGUUCGCCGUGGACAAGCGAGUGUUUAUCGCCGGACUUGGUCUGUACGGCUCCAGUGGGGGGAAGGCGGAAUAUAGCGUUCGAAUUGAACUAAAGAGACAGGGAUUGCUUCUGGCACAAAACCUGACCAAAUUUGUGUCGGAUGGUUCUAGCUCAACGUUCCCUGUGUGGUUCGAGCACCCAGUACAGGUGGAGCAGGAUGCUUUCUACACAGUUAGCGCUGUUCUUGAUGGGACCGAGCUAAGUUAUUUUGGACAGGAAGGAAUGACAGAAGUCCAGUGUGGGAAAGUUACCUUCCAGUUUCAGUGUUCCUCUGACAGUACUAAUGGGACAGGGGUGCAGGGGGGACAGAUUCCGGAACUGAUAUUUUAUGCAUGAGUACUCGGACUGACCCAUUAAUGAACAGCAGGGGGAUUUUUCCUCUCAAAUAACUGCCUUCAUUCACAUCAGCUACGAGACACUCCUAGAAGAGAAACGACGUCCUCUGAUCUGAUUUUAUGUCUCACAAAUAAUGGAAUGCUGCCCAUUCUUAUUUAUUUCUUUAAACAUAUUGUUUUAAAAAACACACUUUAAUUUAAGCCUAUUUUCUUUCUAAUUAUUCAUAAUCUGCCUAUAUACAGUGGGGCAGUUUGCACUUGAAACUAGACAGCUUUUCCUCUGUCUUGUUGUUUAAUUGUUAUUUGUUGACAGCUUGAUACUGAGUGACCUGAAAAAAUCAUAAAACAUUGUUUUCUAUUCAUCAAACAAUUUUUCCUUUUCUUUG